UCCAAAGGGCUGAAGAUGCCAAGGAGAUAGCUUCAAGUGGAAACACAAGCCGAGCUCGAUCGAAAACUGUACCAGGUCAUCAUGGAAGCCGAACCUUUGGUUGGCGAGCACUGGCAGACGGACAUCUAUGCAGGAUCUUCAUCCUCUCUAUCAGAUUCGACACCUUCUAGCGAUUGGAACUCUGACAGUGAAGAGGGGAAGCCUGACCCAGCUUCCGAUCCCGAGGAGCGAUUGUCCAAGUCCAUCACUACUAAGGAAGAUUUGCCCAAAGUUCCAGUCGAUCAAUUAUCAGAGCCGGUCGAUCUUCGAGACCAGGAGAGCUUGAAUGCAGGCGUCCGGAAACUCGAAGAAAUGAGGCGCAACGCCUACUGGUUGAAAUCCGAGACCGAAAUAGCAAACACUCCACUUCCGGAACUCAUCGCCAUACGCGAGGUUCUAGCAGCACUACUCAACACGGGUGGCGGGCUGAUCUAUAAUGUUCCCAGUAACACCAAGGAUCCGAUGACGCUCUCUGCCCAUGUGCCCACCCUGCUCGACAAAUCACGCACGUCCAGCCUCUCCUUGCUGUCCUCUUUCUUGCCAGUCCUCUCGAGCUUGAGGAAACUAAGACAACUAACUCAGCCAAAUGAGAUUCAUCUAUCACCGGGCCGGAAGACUCUGACCGAAGAGGCAUUUGCGGAUGCCGUGCUGGGAUUGUUGACUCACUUUGAUGUCUUCUUGACGUCGAUCGAACUGGAGUUGCUCAACUUACCAGGCCGUCAUACCGAUAGCGAUGAGUCGAAUGUCCAGUUUGAGUCGGUGUUUAGUUUGAUGAGACUUCAUUAUCAACUCGAUCAGAAUGGUUGGAUCGUCCUCUUCACCGCCCUUGCCGACGCCGUUCCAGAUCCAUUAGCAUCCGCUCCUGAUAAUCAACACAGUUUAACAAAACUGCUCAUGGACAAUCUCUACAGAAUCGCGUGUCAAUUUGAUUCGCAUUGCAAGUCGGCCAAUGCAGUCGAGCGAGUCAAAGUCAUUUUCUUGAGAACUUGUGAGCCAGUUUGGAGGUGGGUUGGCGAUUGGAUCAUUCACGGCAGACUACCUGCAUCGCCUGGAUUUGUUGGAGAGCCCAAGCGCCAGUCGAACGAAGAGUUUUUGAUCCAGCCGACGGGAUCAGGUGGAUCGAAUACCGCGGAGAAUUGGUGGGAGGAUCGUUACGUCCUCAAGCCAUCCGCCAUUCCCGAAUUCUUGAACGACUUCGUGGCCCACAUUUUAGAGGCAGGCAAAGCAACCGCACUGUCUCGCAUCUUAGACAUCCUAUCCGACAACCAUGAGAUCCCGGAUUGGCCUAAGCUUGAAGAGCUCGUGGGAGUAUCAGCUCCUCUCGAUUCUCAUCCCAGCCAACCCACGGAUCCUCAACCGGUCAAUAUUCUAAGGCUUCAUCUUCGACAUCUGGCAUUCUCUUCAAGGUCUUCUAAAACGGUGCCGCGUGUUCACUCUGCUGCUGACGUGGUUGAAUCAGAAGUCAGCUUCCAUCAGGACCUAUAUUCGCAGAUCAACCAACAUCUUUCCCCAUUGCUGGCCCAGACCCAUUCCCGCCUUCACACUCGAUUCUCUUCGCCGCUCAAGCUGAGCAGCUAUCUGAAGGAGCUGAACGAGUUUUUCCUCUUGGGAAGCCAAGCCAGUGUUCAGUUCUUGAAGAAGACGAUCGAGGAUGCUAGCGAGUCUUCGAGAUCCAGUCUCCUGACAACCGCUCACUUGCAUUUGAAUUCGACGAAUUGGUGGGACGAUCAAGUGAUGAAUGGCAAUCUCUCGAAAGCGUUGGAAUAUGCACCCUCGUCGCUCCUUUCGGCUUCCUUGCCCAAGCUCCAGAUCUCGCCCUCUAUCCGCACGGAGGCGGACCCGCUGAAAUGUCUCGAAUCGAUCCAUUUCAGCUUGGCGAUCCCGACGCCGUUGAACUAUGUCCUAGACAAUGCACAUGUGAUGAAGACCUAUAACGAUUGCUUCGUGUUUCUGGCCCAAUUGGCUAGGGCAUCAUGGACGUUGGACAGCUUGAUCUGGAUCAAACCCUCGAUCCCCUUCGGCUCAUUCGCAGCAUCAAAGCAGUUCGAACAAACCCCCGAAGCUAAAGAGUUCUGUCGCCUCAAGAAUCGGCUCGCUUGGUUCGUUAAUCUGAUCUCCGAUUACGCUUUCAACUCGGUCAUCUUCACGUGGAAGAUCCGCUUCAUCCAGGCCCUUGAUCUGCAGGUGGGCGACCUUAGUCAAACUAUUCGGAAUACUAGACAUUGGCUCGCUCGCCUCGCUGGUUUGAUGUUCCUUUCUGAACAGUGUCAAUCGUUGAACAAAACAAUCCUACAAGUGUUACAACUUUGUACCCGAGUACACGAGGUCUGGACGAGGUUCAACCGACAAGUCAAUACGUUGAAGUUGAUUGAAGAUAUCAGUGAGACAUAUGUGAAUACGGAACGAAGAAGACGGCGGAUCGAAAGACGGAAGAGGAGGAUGCGGAACGAGCAGUACAGUCUGCUGGAAGAAGAGAGUCGCCACAUCGACCCUCUGGACGUGGACUCGAUGGUCCCGCUCGACGCGGGCGAUGAGGAGCACGAAGAGGAUCCCGAACUGGACGAACAAACCGGCCUCGCUGGCAACCUCUCCUCGACUACUUCUCUCGAUCAAACUGCUCAGAACUUGCUCCAUCUCGUCGGCUCCUCUGUCCCGGAUGAUGAUGCCCUUGAACAGUUGCAAUCGAUGAACGUCGAGUUCGAGAAACUCUUGCUUUCGUUCCAACGAGCGAUCGGUAAACUUUGUCGAACCACCCUGCUCAAGUCUAACAACUAUUUCCCUUCUACCUCCUCCACCCAUCCUGAUCUUCGUCAUCAGCCCCUCGAGGAUUCUGGGUUCGGCUUGGAAGGCUCCCAGGAUUUGGAUACUUUGACUUUAUUGGAAUGCAGAUUAGAUGAAUGGAUCACUUGA